AUGUCUGCUCAUGGUAAAGGAGGAAAGGGUCUUGGAAAAGGCGGCAAUAAAAGGCUUCAUAAGGUUUUGCGCGAUAAUAUUCAAGGUUUUACUAAGCCCGCUAUUCACCGUUUGGCUCGUCGAGGCUGUGUGAAGCGUCUUUCAGGGCUUAUUUACAAGGAGACCCGUGGUGUUUUGAAGGUGUUUUUAGAGAAUGUGAUCCAUGAUGCUGUUACUUACACUGAGCAUGCUAAGAGGAAAACUGUUACAGCUAUGGAUGUGGUAUAUGCUCUAAAAUGCCAAGGCAGGACCCUUUAUGGCUUUGGAGGCUAA